AUGGACAACCUUACACUUCUGUUAAUUUCCUUGGUAUUGUUGGCAAGCAUUCAUGUCCUAAUCUCCAUCUUUGGAAGAAAAAGCACCAAAUCUCACAAACAAGCCCCCGGGCCUCGCCCUUUUCCAAUAAUUGGAAACAUUUUGGAACUUGGCAACAAACCUCACGAAGCACUUGCUAAGCUUUCUCAAACCUAUGGACCUAUAAUGAGUCUCAAGUUAGGGAACAUAACCACCAUAGUUAUUUCCUCUCCCCAAAUAGCCAAAGAAGUAUUGCAUAAACAUGAUCAAAUCUUCGCUAAUAGGACAGUCCCAGAUACUCUCCAAGCACAUGAUCACCACAUACUCUCGGUGGUAUGGAUGCCUCCUUCAUCUCAGUGGAGGACCCUUAGAAGAGUUUGUGCUACCAAAGUUUUUUCUUCCGAGAAACUUGAUUCUACACAAUUUCUUCGUCAAAGGAAGGUGCAAGAUUUAAUGGAUCAUGUCAAGGAAAGCUGCAAAAAAGGUGAGGCUUUGGAUAUUGGUGAAGCUUCCUUUGUAACCGUGCUAAAUUCCAUAUCAAACACUUUCUUCUCUAUGGAUUUGGCUCAUUUCACUUCUGAUAAGUCUCAAGAGUUCAAGGAUAUCAUUUGGGGUAUCAUGGAAGAAGCUGGAAGGCCUAACGUUGUGGACUUUUUCCCAAUCUUUCGGCUGCUUGAUCCACAAGGUGCAAGUACAAGAAUGAAGAAUUAUUUUGGAGAGUUAAUUGCGUUUUUUGAUGGUCUUAUAGAAGAAAGAUUGCGCUUAAGAGCUUCAGAAAAUGAAUCCAAGGCGUGCAAUGAUGUGUUAGAUUCUCUGUUGGAAGUCAUGCAAGAAGAGAAUUCGCAAGUGAGCCGCCCUCAUGUAUUGCAUUUAUUCCUGGAUUUAUUUGUCGCUGGAAUAGACACAACAUCAAGCACAAUAGAAUGGGCGAUGACAGAGUUGUUACGUAACCCAGAAAAACUAGAUAAAGUUACAAAAGAGCUUCAACAGGUACUUGUCAAAGGUGAACAGCUUGAAGAAUCAAAUAUCUCAAAGCUUCCUUUCCUACGAGCAGUGGUGAAGGAAACUCUCCGCUUGCAUCCACCCAUCCCAUUUUUAGUGCCACACAAAUCAGAAGUUGAUGUUGAACUAUGUGGAUACAUGGUGCCUAAAAGUGCACAAAUUCUGGUUAAUGUGUGGGCCAUGGGAAGAGAUUCAAGUAUUUGGACAAACCCAAAUGAAUUUAUGCCUGAAAGAUUCUUAAAGAGUGAGAUUGAUUUUAAAGGUCAAUAUUUAGAGUUGAUUCCAUUUGGAGCAGGGAGAAGGAUAUGUCCGGGAUUGCCAUUGGCUUCUAGGACUGUGCACAUUGUGUUGGCCUCUCUUCUAUAUAGCUAUGGUUGGAAGCUCGCGGAUGGUGUAAAGGCAGAGGAAAUGGAUAUGUCUGAGAAAUAUGGGAUUACCUUGCAUAAGACUAAACCUCUCCAAGUCAUUCCCAUCCAAACAUAA